AGUUGCAUUGUUUUAUUAUUUCUGUAAAGUUUUUAGUUUGCUUUUAGAUGGCCCCGAUAAAUCAGUCAGAGUGAGCCCUCGCUUCUUUUCUCUGAUCUGUGGAGCGGUGGACCAACCGCGUCGUUCCUGCCUGAUGAUGACGCACAGACGUCAGCGGUCGGUGGGCGGAAAAGCGGAAGCGACUCCGAGUCUGCGUCUGUGCAUCUGGAGAAAAAAGGCAAACCGGGUGUUUUUAUCAAGAGGACGAGAUCUACACGGGAGACGCACGGGGUCAUAGCUUCUUCUUCUUCUCCUUCUUUCUCUUCUCCUCCUCCUUCUUCUUCUCCUCCUCGUUGCACUGCAGAUAUGGCGCUACCCGCGGGCAGGACGGACGUGCAACCGGACAGAGGCGCCCUGAGCGGCCAGACACUUUCCCCUGAAAACAGCAUUGACAUCGACGAGAAAGAGUUGGAGAACAUCACAAAGAAACAGCAAGGAGACGAAAGCACGACGCUGCCCCUGCACUCGCCCUGGACCUUCUGGCUGGACAGGUCGUUACCGGGCACGACAGCAGCAGAAUGUGAAUCCAACCUGAAGAAGAUCUACACGGUGCAAACAGUUCAGACGUUCUGGAGCGUCUAUAACAACAUCCCUCCCGUCACGGCCUUACCUUUGAGGUGUAGCUAUCACUUAAUGCGCGGAGAGCGGAGGCCGCUGUGGGAAGAAGAGAGUAACGCCAAAGGAGGAGUAUGGAAGAUGAAAAUACCUAAAGAAAGCAGUUCUGCAGUUUGGAAAGAAUUGUUACUCGCAACCAUCGGGGAGCAGUUUGCAGAUUACUGUGCCUCAGACGACGAGGUCGUCGGCGUCAGCGUUAGCGUUCGAGAUCGGGAAGAUGUCGUACAAGUGUGGAAUAGUGAUGCCUCACAUGCUAAUGAGGCAAAUAUCUUGGGGAAAAUCUAUGAGCUGCUCCCGUACAUAUCUUUUAAAGCUGUUUUUUAUAAGUCUCACAUGGAGCAUCACGCCUUUGAGGGAGGACGCUCGAGACAUUAGAUUGUGAAGCACUUUUUCAUUUUUUUUUUUUUUUUUAACCUGAACUCUGUACCUGCCUCUGACGUAAAGGCACCGCCCACGA